AUUGGCCACACUUGAUCACACCUCUCUCCAUGUAUAUAAGCCAGGGCAAUCAUCUCUCUCUCUCUCUCCCUGAUCUCUGCAUCCUGUAUUUCAUCGCUGAUUGGCGAUUUUACACUGUUUUCCUCACUCUCCCACUUCCAAUUCCCCUCCAAGUAAAGCACCAAAUCCGGAUUCCGAAGCAGAAAAGAUCCAGCAAGAACAACUGCAUCGCAUCCCAUCAAUUUGCCCUAGCAUAUAGUAGCACAAGCGCUAAAUUACGAACCCCUAAUCAAAGUUCGUGAUGGACCCCUCCAUAAUGAAGCUCCUCGAAGAAGACGAGGACGAAACGAUGCAUUCAGGGGCUGACGUGGAGGCGUUCACAGCUGCACUUAACAGGGACAUAGAGGGCGAUAAUACCUCCACAUCUCAACCCUCUGAUUCAGACACUGCUUUAUCUAAAGGAAUCUAUCGCACUUCCAGUCAGUUAUUUCCCCCAUGGCACACUUCCAGCCAAGAUGAAACAGCGAAUUCUCGAAGUCAACAAAAUCUGAAUGGGUCCCAGCAACAGGCUCAACAUUCAUCUGAGACGGAUCUAAAGCAACAUGGAUCUGGUCCUGAGAAUCAGCGGCAACAGAUUGACAAUCAAUUGCUAGAUGAUCGUCGACAACGGCAAGCAGAACAAAAUACCCUCCAUUUUUCUAGACCACCCAGCAUUCAUAAUUCUGAAAAAAAUCCCGAGUUACCAAAAAUUAACCAACAUGCAGCGGCAACAGAACAGAAGCCCGGGAAUCCACGUGGACAAGUGCCUUUUGGCCUGUUGCUACCACUCUUAACACCUCAACUAGAUAAAGACAGAUCCAUGCAACUUCAAACUGUUUUUAAUAAACUGAAGAAAAAUGAAAUCUCCAAAGAUAUCUUUGUCCAGAACAUGAGAUCUAUUGUUGGGGACCAGAUGCUCAAGAUCGCAGUGUAUAAAUUACAUGCUCAGGGAAAACAGGCUCGAAACUCGCAGACUGGACCCAACCAGUUAUCAUUACAAUCCCAAGCUUCUGCACAAGAACAGCAUCAGAAAAUGCAAACUGUUGGUCCUCAUCAGGGAAAUGUUCCCCAGUCAUUUGCACAACUUCACCAGAAGGGAGGCACCAGUGACAUGUCACAUAUCCCGUCUUCUGCAUCACAACUGAAAUCUGAUUCAGCCAAUUCGACAAUGGGCAAGAAGCCAUCUUUUCCAAUUUAUGGAAGUGCAGGCAAUAGUUAUCACCCAUUUUCUGGAUCUAAUGUUAAUGCUUCAGCCGCAUCUCUCAAACAGCAACCCCAUGAUUCACAAAUGAGGCAAGCUUCAGUUCAUCAAAGCAUUGAUGCAAAUCAGAAUUUGGUUCAUUGGCAAUCAUCAACUGGUCAAGAGCAGAAAAAUGGUGCUCAAUCAUCGAUGGCUUACGUUAAACAAGAGCCUGUUGAUCAGGGGAAUGAGCAACAGUACAAAUCACUUCUGUCUUCCCCCAGGGGGUUGUCUUCUUUCUCCCCUUCACAGGCACAUGGGAAUGCAAUGACAGGAACUUUAAAGGAUGAUGCCCUUGAGAUGCAUUCCGCCAGGAUGGGGUUCUCCGGGAUUACAAGUACGGUGCCUUCUAAUACUGCAUCUUCUUCUAUGACAGCACAGCUGGACCCCAAUAACUCGUUAAGUUCUCGAAUCCCAUCUGCACUUACUCCAGUUGGACCUGGAAAUAAUGCAAAGACUCCCCCGAAAAGGCCUCCUAUUGGUCAGAAGAAACCACUUGAAUCCCUUGGUUCGUCGCCACCUCUAUCAAGUAAGAAGCAAAAAGUAUCUGGGACCUUUGCGGAUCAAAGCAUCGAUCAACUCAAUGAUGUAACUGCUGUUAGCGGAGUUAAUCUUAGGGAAGAGGAAGAACAGCUGCUUUCCGGGCCCAAGGAAGAAAGUCGAGUUUCAGAAGCAUCUCGAAGGGUUGUGCAAGAAGAAGAAGAAAGGCUGAUUUUGCAGAAAAUACCCCUUCAAAAGAAAUUGGCAGAAAUCAUGUCAAAAUGCGGUGUGAAAAGUUCAAGCAAUGAUGUGGAGAGAUGCUUGUCACUGUGUGUAGAGGAAAGAAUGCGUGGGCUGAUAAGUAAUCUGAUCAGACUGUCAAAGCAGCGGGUUGAUAUUGAGAAGCCAAGGCACCAAACUAUUGUAACUUCAGAUGUUCGGAAGCAGAUCUUGGCGAUUAACCAGAAAGCCAGGGAAGAAUGGGAGAAAAAGCAGUCGGAAGCAGAAAAACUCCAAAAGCUCAAUGAACUAGAUGGUGAUGCUGGAGUUGAUGGUGAUAAGGAGAGAGAUGAUGGUCGUGUGAAAACACUUAAGGCAAACAAAGACGAGGAUGACAAGAUGCGGGCCACAGCUGCAAAUGUUGCUGCCCGAGCUGCUGUUGGAGGGGAUGAUAUGCUGUCAAAAUGGCAGCUAAUGGCUGAGCAGGCCCGACAGAAACGUGAAGGAGGGGGAGUCGAUGUGGCUUCUGGUUCUCAGCAGGGCAAAGAAAUGAGUUUCAAGCCUUCAUCAACCUCUGCAAAAAAUGCAAGGGAUAUUGAAGGAGGAGAGAAAAGAGUCCCCUCAGCUGCUUCUUUGGCAUUUGGGUCGAGUAGGAAAUUGGCGAGGAAUCAAGUUGUGGUGCCUCAAACUAAAGCCACUCCCUCUAUCUCGAUUAAGGAUGUUAUUGCUGUCCUCGAAAGGGAGCCCCAGAUGUCGAAGUCUACAGUGAUGUAUCGCUUGUAUGAAAAAAUGCGUGGUGAUGCUGUAGCUGAAUAACAAUUCCCGGAUGCAAUCGUGAUUCCAGCAAGAUGUGCAGCUUGAGUUCUUUAAAAGGCAAGGCUUGCUAAGAUCCAAUGCUAAUCUGUUGUUUCCAAAGGCACAUUUAUAAUGAUUCCGUAGUUCCAGUGACGUGUUGAGCUUGAGUUCUUUAAAAAGGCUUGCUAAGAUCCAAUGCAUUGUUGUUACCAAAGGCACGCUCGGCAACUGUAAUUUUAUGUAUUUUUUUGUGCUUCUCCAUGUGCUAGCAAGGAAGAUUGCUAGUUUAUGCUUGUAAUGCCGAUUUGCUAAUAUGCAAAUUGAGUUCUGUAUUAUAAAUGCAACAUAAUGUCUUGGGUUUUUUUUGUGUGCACUAUGUAUCUCUAAUAUCAAGUAGAGCUUUCGAGUCA